AUGUUCAACAACUUGCAAAUAGGCUACGGGCAAGCCCCGCAAAUUCAACCGCAAGUGGUGGCUACUAGCACAUCGGGAGUCCCAAACAUACCUAACGAUCAAGUUAAAUUUGAAAAGCUUUAUAUUCAAGGUGUUGCUGGGGGAAAGUAUUUAACAGGCGAGGGUGCGAGAGGAAUUCUUUUGCGUUCUCAAUUACCUGCUGAUGCAUUGGCUAAAAUAUGGACGCUUUCAAAUGUAACAGCAAAUGAACACCUCACUUUCCCGGAGUUUGCUCUUGCUAUGUAUCUUACAAAUUUGAAGAUAAGGGGACAAGAGUUACCCAAUAAAUUACCUGAAAACAUUUUUAAUGAACAACAAUUUUCUGGAUUGUCGAUGGUUCCCAAUGUGCCUCAAUAUUCCUCUGUUCCUGCUAACUCUGGGAUAUCUGUGAUGCCUGGUAUGAUGCCAUUUACACAACGAAUGAUGCCACAACAGAAUCCACAGCAACAAUAUAGCACUGCUGGAUUACAGGGAAAUGAAAAAAUUCCGUGGGCCGUGACACCAGAAGAAAAGAUUCAGUAUAGAGCAAUAUUCCGGCAAUGGGAUUCGACAGGGUUGGGGUACUUAACGGGUGAAAAAGCGAGGGAAAUUCUAUCGCAAUCUGGUUUACCUCAAAGUGAUCUAAUGCAGUUAUGGAAUUUAUCCGAUCCUAAUAACAACGGAAAACUAAAUCAAGAUGAAUUCGCAGUGGCAAUGCAUUUGAUCUAUAGAAAACUUAAUGGCUACGAUAUACCUGCUACACUCCCUCCGGAACUUAUUCCACCAUCUUCAAGGGAGUUAAACGAAAGUUUGGACUUGAUCAAAAACAUGCUAACUUCAGACGUAAAUACACAAGUGAUGUUAAAUUCUCAACCUGGCGCCCAAUAUGUGAAAUCUAGAAGUUUCACCAGUACACCUACAAUUGAAUACAAUGAUGCAGUUGUAUACAAACAUAAGGAUGAUGAUGUUGGUUAUGUCUCUGCUGCAAGGCAUCGUGUUCCUUCAGUACCUCGUGAUCGAUCACCAUCAUUUUCUUCCUUAUCAACUUCUUCUAUAUCUGAAUCUGGCGACAGGGAUGAUUUAUCUGGAAAAUUGUCAAGAUUAAAAAAGGAUAUUCAUGAAAAGAAAAUUUUAUUAGAAGCGUUGUCAUAUUCAGCUAAUUCAGUUCCAACAUCUUAUGAUCGCUCUUAUUCCAGUAAUUCUUCUGAUAUAAAUGAUUACAAAUUCAAGAUCAAAGAACUUCAACGAAAAAUAGCUGAUUUACAAAAUUCUACUCCUGAAUGGCUUUCAAGAGAAUUUAGUAGAAACACUGAUGAACUAAAUUCUUUGUUGGAUCAGCAUCGUAAUCUAGAUUACGAAUUAAACAAUAUGCUUUCCAGCAUUGUCCCAGAUUUAAUUUAUAAGGUUAGAGAAACAAAUAAUAAAGUGGCUGACGCCAAACUAGAACUUUUUAAAAUUAGAGAUGAACGGGAAGGGGGUUCAAAAAUUAUUGGAACAGGUCCUGGGGGUGCUAUUACUGAGACUGAUAAAAUUAAAGCAAAGGCACAGGCUAUGUUACAAGAUCAAGUAGCGCGUAGGACUGGGAGAUCUCUUAAUUUUGGUAGUGAUUUAUCCGAUUCAUCAACAUCAAGGCGAUAUGACGAAGAAGUGAUUAGGGUUAAUUCGGAAAAAGAAAUUAAAGAACAAGGCGUUGCAGACAUUGAAAGAACUGUUUCGAGGAUUCAAGACUCGAUAAUACGAAUUGCAAAGGAACGAGAAGAAGUCGAAGAUAAGCUACGCCGUAUCGAGGGAAAUAUGAGGUCUUAUGAGAGUGAUACUCGAAAAUGGGAAGAUGGAACUGGUGUAGGUGAAGAAGUGAGGAAGUUUAUUGAUGAACUUAAAAGAGAUGCUCCAAACAUAUCUUAUCGUACAGAAUAUAAUCAAAGUAAUUAUUCUUAUGAUGGAGUAAAAUAUAGUGAGCCUCGCUAUUCAUCUACAAAAAAUGAUACGCACGAUCGUAGUCGUUCAGUUUCUUCUUCAUCUUUGAGUUAUAGUCCAGUUAGCAGCUCUGUUCAAAGUUCUUCCAAUGCCAAGACUCCAGAGGAACGUAGUGCUUUAAUUGAAGCAAAAGCAAAACGCAUAAUGCAGGAAAAAUUAAAGGCUUUGGGUAUUGAAAAUCCAUCACCUGAAAAAUCUACGCCAACUCCUGAUUCAUCAACGAUCACUGAUAGAUUAGUACGUGAAAGAGCUGAUGCAGCUGAAAAGCUUGAACGCGCGGAACGGGAAGCUGCAGAACGUGAGCAGUUUAAACGCCAAGAGGAGGAAAGAAAAAAUAAAUGGCUCACAGAAGCUCAGGAACUUGAGAAAUCAAAGGACAAAAAAUUGCGUGAUAAGGAGGAGGCAUCACGUCUUAUGGAAUUAGAAUUGGAAAGGAGGAGGUUAGAAGAAGCUGAAAGAGAAAAGCGUCAGCAGGAAGAACGCUUAGCUAGAAUAAAGAGAGAAGCGGAGGAACGCGCUGCUGCUGAAGAACGUCAUAGAUUAGAGCAGGAGGCUUUAGUUGAAAAUUCACGAGCUGCUAGAGAGUUGGCAAAAAAAAGGGAGGAGGAAACUAAACAACGUGAAGAGACUCUUAAACGAGAUAUUGGAAAGUCAUCUAAAGUUAAAAGGGAAGAUUCUGUACGGAAACAGUUAACAUCUAACAAUGUUGAAAAUACACUACCAACAGAGACUACCAGCAACAAUCCAUUUUUGAAGUUUGGUGCACAAGAUAAACCUAUUGAGAGCACUGAAGUGGAAAGCAGAAAUCCCUUUUACAAAUUCACGUCUAGUGCAAAUACAGACGCAAAUACAAACAAGACUUCGACUUCUCGCGAAGUUCAAGAUGAUGACGACUGGAAUGUUAUUGAUAAAAACGAGGAUAGUAGCGAUGACGAUUUUACAGUUCCUCCACCAACAGUCUUCCUUACUGACAAAUCGACAAUGCCAAAACCAUCAUCAAAUAUUCCCGUCGCUCCUCCAGCACCACCAUCAAAUAUUCCUGUCGCUCCUCCAGCACCACCAUUAAAUAUUUCAUCAAAUGUUCCAUCAGCGCCACCAUUGCCGCCGUCUUCAUCAAAUAUUCCAUUAGCUCCACCAUUGCCACCAUCUGCCUCAAAAAUUCCAUCAGCACCACCAUUGCCACCGCCUUCAUCAAAUAUUCCGUCGGCGCCACCAUUGCCACCGUUUGCAUCAAAUAUACCAAUUGCACCACCAACAUCCGUAACUACAUCAAAUACUUCACAAUCGCAGCCGUCAGGUGCACGAAGUGCCUUGUUAAACCAAAUUCAGCAAGGCAAAAAAUUAAGACCUACACAGACUAAUGAUCGAUCAUCACCUCUUGCAGCAGGUAGGACAAAUUCUUCUCCUACACCGGCGGCUUCCUCUGAUGGAUCUGCGCCCAGCGCCGGUCGUAUUGGUCUAGGUGCAUUAUUUGCUGGUGGCGUGCCAAAGCUCCAGAGUCGUGGCGGCGUAGAAACUGGUCGUUCAUUUACUGAAGACACCCGGUCCACUACUAAUUCUCGGCAAAGAACAAUUUUGAAAGCUGAUCGUAGAAUUUCGUCAGAUUUAUUUGGUAGUUUGGCUUCUGAUCAACUUGCAAAUGAAGGAAAACUUUCGGCACCCACAACCCCUGACAUAACUCGGACUGAGAGCAAAGAAUAUUCUCGCACCACUGAUGAAUCAUCCAACCUCGUAGAGUCACCAACUGCCACUUCGUCUUCUGAAAUUGAUGUGGAUUUCGCACAAGAAUUUCGUGUUAAGUCUCUUUAUUCUUAUUCUGGUAAUGGUGCAGAUGACCUUUCAUUUGAGGCUGGAAUUUCUUUCUUGGCGCAUCCGUCCAAAAUUCAAUCAAAUGCGGAUUGGUGGUAUGGCGUGAUUGAACAAACUGGUGCAAAAGGCUGGUUUCCCAAAUCAUAUGUUGAAAUAGUUAAAGAAGAAAAGGAAGUCUGUAAAGCUAAGGUUUUAUUCGAAUGGAAUGCACAAUCUCCUGACCAACUUGAUAUUAAGCAGGGUAGCGUCGUUUCUAUACUCGACAAGUCCUUGGGUGAUUGGUGGAAGGCGGAAUAUGAAGGCGCUAAAGGAAUUAUUCCAUCCAAUUAUGUCGAAGAAAUUUCUAGUUAUAGCGUCCGAAACAAAUUAGAUAAGGAUAUGACAGGUGUAGGUGAAACAAGUAACGAUGACACAAGUGAAGAUGAAUCUAAUGAAACUAAUGGCGAUAUACGUUCAAAAAGUGAUAUUGUUAAUGAUUCAAAAUCAGACAAUAUUUUUGACAUAGUAUUUACGGAUCCCAUAACGAUACCAAAAUUUAGCAUUCAAUCUCCUAAAAAUGCUAGUUUUAUAAAAAGUUCAAUAGAAAUAGAUUCUAGAUCAGCCUCACCGAAUUCAUCAGAGCCUACAGAGUUUGUAAGAAGUCCAAGUCCAACAAGAUUAUUUGGUUCUAGUCCAAUUAUCACUGUUCCAUGGAUGCAAAUUGGAUCAUUUAAAAGAGAGCGUAAUAAUUCUACAGAUUCUAACCUUAAUCCACAAAUUAUGCCGCAAAGACCUGAAAGCCCAGUUUCAAUAAACCAAGGACCAUCUGCGCCAUUAUGGGCAGGAAUAAUGGACUCUGAAACACUGGAAAGCAUAUCUAAAGAAGAGCGUAAACGUCAAGAAGCCAUUUAUGAAUUAAUAAUCACAGAACAAACAUAUCUUCGUGAUCUUCAAAUAAUAAUUGAAUUGUUUUAUGGCCCUCUUCAAAAUUUCCUUUCCGACCAGGAAUUAUCGACCCUUUUUUGUAACAUUCAGGACAUUUUAUUAUGCAAUACUGCCAUUCUUAGCGAUCUGGAGCAACGCCAAGAGGAAGAUGCCUAUUUUAUUAGUAAAGUUGGGGAUAUUUUGCUUAAACAUUCUAAAGAUUUAACAUUAUAUACGAAAUAUUGUGGUAAUCAAUUGAACGCAACCAAAUUUUUACAAAAGAAAUGUAGUGUGGAUAAAAAAUUUGCAGAUUUUCUUAAGAAAAUUCAGCAAGAUCCGCAAUGUGGAUCAUUGGAUCUUUCUAGCUUUCUGUUAAAGCCAUUACAACGAAUCACUAGAUAUCCUUUAUUAAUACGUCAGAUAUUGCAUUAUACAAGCAAAGACAACACCGACCAUCAAAAUAUGAUGCAAGCCCUUCAUAAGGCUGAAAAAAUAUUGGAAGAAACAAACGAGGCAGCACGUGAGCAGGAGAACCAGAUGAAAUUGAACGAGAUAUCAAACCUUGUAGAUUUAGAAAAUUUAGAAGAGAAACUUGACUUGACUAGUAUGACUCGUCUAGUUGGAAAGCGACAAUUCAUCCUUGAAGGACCACUGAAAAAAGCUAAAAGUGGACGUAAUUUGUAUGGCUAUCUUUUUAAUGAUAUAUUACUUCUUCGUCAUUCAAAUAAAAAAACAACUGCCAAGGGACACAAAUACUCCUUGUACAAGCCGCCAAUACCUUUGAAUGAAAUAUUUGUAAAAGAUAUUGGUCUAGAUGAAACAUGUUUUCAAGUUGUACAUAUAGAGGAUGUUAUAAACCUUCGAGCAAGUAAUGUAUCUGUAAAACGGCAAUGGGUUAAUCAACUUGAAACUGCGAGUGGAUAUUGUCUUGCGGUAGAAAGAAAGAUUCAAAAAGGAGAAACUUCCUCUUCACCCAUGGAUCACAACCACAUUAGUGGUACACUCAGGGUUUUAGUGUACGACGGUGUGGUUCCAUCUGAGCAUGAGUCUGAAAGGUUUAAUAUACAUGCGUAUUGUCAAGUGCAAUUGAACAGACAAAUUUUUAAGACAAAAAUUGUUAAGGGCACUAAUUCUCCACAAUGGAAUCAGCACUUGAUGUUUUCUGUAAUAACUCUAGAGGAUACAUUAAAAAUCACAUUAUUUAAUUUUGAUAAAUACACAACUGAUGAAUAUUUAGGACAAGCCGAAAUUGGUUUACAUUUUUUAACAUAUUAUGGAGAUAAUGAAACCGAUAAAAUUAAAUUAGAAUUAAAGGAUAUACCACCGGGUAAAUCCAAUGGCCAUGUGUCGAUUUUCCUAAGUUAUAAAGCAACCGACUAA